CAGGGAUUUUUAUCCGUUACACCCAAAGACGCUUCCCCCGAAACAAGCGAACUCAUUCAAGGGUCUGCGACUGGAGGUCCUGUAUCAAACAUUAAAAGAUGUUUUUGACAAGAUCGGAAUAUGACAGAGGAGUGAACACUUUCUCACCUGAAGGAAGAUUGUUCCAGGUUGAAUAUGCCAUAGAGGCCAUUAAAUUGGGCUCCACAGCCAUCGGUAUCCAGACUUCCGAAGGUGUGUGUUUGGCUGUGGAGAAGAGGAUCACCUCUCCCCUCAUGGAGCCCAACAGCAUUGAGAAAAUUGUGGAGAUAGACAGUCACAUUGGUUGUGCCAUGAGUGGCUUAAUAGCUGACGCCAAGACUCUGAUUGACAAAGCGAGAGUGGAGACACAAAACCACUGGUUCACUUACAAUGAGACAAUGACAGUAGAGAGCGUAACUCAGGCAGUUUCCAACUUGGCACUGCAGUUUGGAGAGGAGGACGCAGACCCUGGUGCCAUGAGUCGACCAUUCGGUGUUGCACUUCUUUUUGGAGGAGUAGAUGAGAAAGGACCUCAGCUGUACCAUAUGGAUCCAUCAGGAACCUUUGUGCAGUGUGAUGCUCGGGCCAUCGGCUCGGCAUCUGAGGGAGCUCAAAGUUCCCUGCAAGAAGUCUACCACAAGUCGAUGACAUUAAAGGAUGCCAUCAAGUCGUCUCUCACCAUUCUGAAGCAGGUGAUGGAAGAGAAGCUCAAUGCCACGAAUAUAGAGCUGGCAACAGUAGAGCCUGGGAAGACCUUCCACAUGUAUUCCAAAGAGGAGCUGGAGGAUGUGAUCAAAGACAUCUAGAACUGAGAAGAAGAAUAAAACUCAAACCAGGAAUCAUGUUGGUUUGAGUUUAGGCUGAAAAUGAGAGUGCGUGGAAGUACACCUGGACUGAAUGUCACAACACAACCACAACUUUCCAUCAGCACAGUCUCCUUUUUGCUACAGUCAGAUUUUCAACAUUGCAUAACAGGUUUCUCUUUGUCAUGUGCUAAUUUUCUUCUUGUCUCUCAGUCUCUGUACAGCUGUGUACUGACAGCACUUUCCACUGAGGGGCAGGAAAACAGUUGGGGGGGAUUUUUUUGUUACGAAUCAGUACCACAAUUAAACUUGUAUUGUAAAAGAUA